UCAUGCAUGUGUUCCGGUCCCAUUGUAAAUAUUCGCUGUUAAACCGCUCACUACAUGUUUUGAAGGACUCGUAUGGUCAUCACUCAAGUAGAACAUCAUUAUGUGUACAAGUUACCCAAUUAUUUUCAACGACACCACAAUAUUAUCAUGACCUCGACUUUGGGAAGAAGAAAACGUCCACUAUUUGUAGGCGUAAUGGAACAGGGAUUCAUCUGUCAAAACACAAGAUAAUUCAGCUACCUGUGCGAUUUUUCAAUGAUUUCAAAAUUGACGACAAUGACGAGAAAAAGCCAGUCAAAUUUUCCACUCCCAGGGAUCGCAUACAUGGCGGGAAGUACUCUGAUGACAAUAUACUUAUGCCAAGCUUUCCAGCUUAUGUUUUCCCCAAUCUUUUUGGAAUUUAUGAGAAUAUCAUGGCUGGCUCUAGAAUCAACAAAGUAGACAGUGAGCUUACAGUACUAGAUUUCAUGACUGCUGCUAAAAAGGCUGUGUUUGUAAUAGCAAAUCUACUGUCCAGUGGAAAGGUUGAUGAAAUAGAAAGUUUAACAACACCAAAGGCCUUCCAAGAGAUCAAGAAGAACUUUCCCAAGAUACCUGAAACUCACCUGAAGGCCCUAGAACAGGAGGAGACCAUGAUCCUUAUACCUUUACGCCACAUACACCGUGUAAGAUUGAAUCACAAAGCCAUGCCAAAUGAAGCAGAGUCAGAGGAAGCAGCACUGGAGAUUGUGGUGCUUUUUGAAGGAUACAUGAGGGAAAGUGUUGAUGAAGAGCCAAAAGUGUUCGUCAGUUUGAAAGGUCGCAGCAGAUUCUGUUGUACUGCAAGGUUUGAACGUGAUUACCGCAAAGAUUUGGACAACUCAACAUGGGAAGGCUCAUCUGCAUGGAAAGUAUCUGGAAUUUCUUACCUAAUCCGGACAGUAGAUGAUGUAAAGGAAGAAGUAAAGGACUAUGCUAUUUAAACUUUAAAUUAAAGUUGAUGACAAUUUUAUAUUUGUAUCAUGUCUUUAACUAUUCGUUAUUUGAGAAGUCAAUAAAAGACAAGAUGUUUGUUUUU